AUGACGCAGGCUCGACCCACUCUCUGGCACUAUGGAGACGGAGCCUUUGGCGAUCCGCAGCGAGCCUAUGCUCCGUACGUCCCGCUCCUUCCCGUGGAAUGGAUCACGCGCCUGCUCAUGCGCGAGGAGCUGGAGUACACUGUGGACGGAGAAGACGAACAGUGCAAGGUGGACCCAGAUCUUCUGUCCAACCGGUUUGCCUCUGAUCGGCUCGUCCUUCACCUGCUCUCCUCCAUCUACUGGCUCACAGAGCGCCACGCGUCGCAGUGCGCCUUCCUGACGAGCGGCGGCAUGAAAAUCGCCGAGCAGCUCCUGAAGUUGACGUCGGAAGAAAUCGCCGCCGCCGCUCGUUUGCAGCACGCGCGGGACGGCCGUAUUCAUGGGCUGCGCAACUUGGCAUCCGACCAGGAGUUCCCUCACAACCUCUCUGUGGCCCUGAAUGCCUUGCAGAUGGGCCACGCCGACGUCAUGGGCACGGACGGACACCGCCGACUGUGCCGGUACGAGGGGAAUGCCUACAUGACCUUGUUCGGCGAGCCUGCGGUGUUCUGCACUCCCAACCUCGCGGACACGAAGCAGCCGCUGCUCCUCGUCGUCCAGGGGGAAGAGAUUCGUCUGGAGGACAGUUUUAUCUCGGGCAACGAGACCCUGCCGAAGUACCGGGACAUGAUGAAGAGGCUUGCCGCAGACCCAGUGGGUCAGACGCUCGUGUUCGACAAGAUGAUGAAGCUGUUCUUCAUACACUGCACGGACGGCGUCGCGGCUUCUUCUUUCGGGCAGGGCAUCUUCGGCCCCGUGCUUGCUUUCCGCGGGGAGAUCGAAGCGCAGGACAGGGGCUCUCUACAUCCGCACAUCCUGGUGUGGUUACUUGGCAUAAAACCAGCGGACGUAUUGCGAAUGCUGCAGCGAGACCCUGGUUCCCUGCAGACCCGCCUGGUGACCUGGAUGAAGCAGUGCGUGUCGUCCAUGCAGUCCACUUGCCAGAGCUCAGUGAUGAGAGCGCCCCAGAGGUUUGGCCACCUCGACCAGGUCGCGGAACCGCUCCCGUGUUCCAAGACAGAGCGAAGUUUGACCAAGUACGACGGUGGCAGCGAGAUCGACGCCAUGCGCGACGAUCUUCAACGAGAUAGCGUGGAACCAACGGAGGAGCAGAGUCGUCUCUUCGAGGACGCGGCCGAAAAAGGCAGCUCGGUCACGCAGACGAGCGCGGCAGGGGACGGCAAGCCGGAGCCCGGAUCCACGUACUCGAAGGUUGUCUCCGAGUUUGCCGUAUUCAGGUGUCCGGACCAUCGCAGGCGCGGUGCGCUUCAUCGCCGCGGUGAUCUCAGUGCCGGCGAGCAGAGCCCGCACUCGUGGGAGCAGGCUUUCACGGAGGACGCGAGGUCCUUGGCUGAGGAGAUCCUGGUGCACGUGUGCGGGGAGAGCUGCUUCAAGUACAGCGGCGUCAAGGUUCAGAAAAUAUGCAGGCAUGGCUACUACUACAUCAUCAGCCUACCAGGCUGGCAGAGACGACGGCAAGGGGAGCCUCUCCGCAACGCAGUCGUCGUCGUGGGCCAAUCUGAACACGGCAUGACAGGCAGGCUGCUUUUGUUCCAGGAGCACCCUUCCGAGUGCCUCAUCAACUACGCCGGGCUGGAUUGCGUGCGAUGCAACCUGGACGAUCUUCGGCGCCUUCCUCCUUCGCAGCGCUGGCUCCAACCGGACGAGGAACUCCCGCACCUUGGCGACCAGCCAACUUUCGGGUACAUGAACAACUACGAGUGGGUAGAGAAUGACUACUUGCCGAGACGUUCCCUCGAGAAGGGCAAUCUCCCCGCCGAGCCUCACGCAUUCACGGAGGAGUUUACUCCCGAUGAGUGGAGAGCCAUACUCCUGGAGUGCAUGCGGUCGGACGAUGCAACAGUCGCCCAGAACAAUGAGCUCGCGACAGUCAUGGAGCGAGAAUCCACGGCCGCGAUGUGCGACGGCAUCAACACGGGCUUCUACAUCAAUGCGUACACCACCAAGCAGCUGCCGGACAUGCAGGGGACCCUCGAGGAGCUGCGCAAGGGGAUCGAGCGUCUGGAGCUGAGGCGGGAGGAAAUGCAGGAGGCCACCAAGAAGACGCAGAGCCGCGAUGCAGAGGGGAGCGCUGUUUCCGAAGCUCCCGGGCGGGGCCCCAACAAGUUUGGGCAAGUCCUGCAGACUCUGAACCUUAUGUCGUCUGCCUUCAAGCGGUGCCAUCAUAGGGGCAUGAGCGAGAUACUGAUGCCAAUCAUGUUCAACACCAUGACGUACUUCUCCCAUCGUUGCUGGAAGGUGUUCAUCAAGAGGGCCGUCUUUCUCGCUGCGCAGACGUGGCGGAACAAGUUCGGCCAGGCCGUGCGACACAAACGCAUCAAGGACGGCGGCGGAGUUGGUCUGAGGUAUCUCACCAAGGACAAGCAGUCUUAUCCGCUCGUGGGAUGGGAGCGCGUGCGUCUGGACGGCGGCGCGGAGCUCUACCGGCACCCAGAUGGCACCGAGCUCGGGAACCUCCAGUCUGCCUACGACUACGACGUGGCCGUGAAGAGCCCGAACUCGUCGGGGUCUUACAAGGACGAGCGCAAAGUAGCGCUGACUGCGCUGCAGCGCUUCUUGAACGAGGCAGAGGCGGAGACGACGGAGGAGAAGGGCAGGGAGGGGGCCAGGCGCACGCGCACUACUACGCCCGUCGACGACUGGUUGCAUCGCGGGAACCACGCAGUCCUGAAAGACAUGCCGUUGUACAUCUACGCCAUAUGGAAGAAGUCCAAUGCCAUUGAGGCCGACUUCGACCCGAAAUACACCCACGCCAAGACCCGAGUCCAGCGGUUGACCGCCGUGUUGCGAGCUCCCAUGUUCGAUGGGUUCCAGAUGCCGUCGCACACGCAGGAUUCGGAAACAGCCGCCAUGUACAAGCAGUUGCUGCUGCGCCCCUCGGCUAAAGCGUACAGCGACACUCUGACUGAGGAGAUGGCCGAACUGGAAGCAUUUGCACCCAUGUGUCCGCCGUUGCCAGACGGCUCCCGGGAGUACUUCACGCCGGCCACGGCGUUCUCGGCGAAUUGGAUACGUUACCAGCGGGAGAUGGAGGGGGACGCAGCAGAGGGCCGGCGGCGGUUCCUGGACAGGUCCGAGUACCCAUCCCUGUGGGAGACGGAAGAGGUCAUUGCAGCGCAACACGGGGCCUGGCUGGAGCGCGGCCACAGCAAGGAGCGAGCCAAGGUGAAGCAGCGCGCCGCCCUCGCCGGGCUGCAGGUCGCGCAGAACCUGGAGGGCCUCGCGAGGGGGCGCAUGGAGCACCGCCCGCGUCAGUACCAGUCCGACGCUGCCGUUCACCAGGCGUGCCUCCGCAUGACCGCUGGCGGAGACGGGCCUAGCGACGGCGAGGGGGCGGGCGACGCGGCGGACGACCCUCCCGCUGCGCCGCAGUUGAAGAUCGGCACUUUCGAGGAGCUGCCCCUUCUGGGGAUGAGGAGUUCCGAGGACUUCAGGAAAACGCUGACCUACGGCCAUAGGACCCGGCUCCGAGCCUUCGAGAAAGAGCUGCUGGCCCUUCCGUGCAUGGACUGGAAGGACGUCCUCCUCGACCACUCGCGCGCUGUUCGCCUGUUCGACCAAGGCCACGGGGAAGCAUGGCGUCUGCAAUGCCGCGGUCUGCACGACAGCAUGCUGGACGUGUGGAGCGGCACGGACCACAAGGCGAACGGCCUGUUCUGCCCCCCGCUCAUGGAGGCGAACUUCAAGUGGACAAGCGCCAACAAAACGCACCGGGUCAAAAGGUCGUUGGAGUUCACGGGCGCCCGAGUCUUUCCGACAAAGGCAGCGCUGUCCAGCCGCGUCAAAUUCGCGCGGCAUGCGCCGCUGCUUGACGUUUUCUGA